GUCGGCGUCACGGCGGUGGUGUAAACAUUGAAGACGUCCAGGGGGCCAAGUCACGUUUACCAAGUUGCACAAGAGUUUAAUAGAUGUUACGAAAAUGAGUUCCCAAGAAUUGCAAGGCAAAGGUCCAUCCUUGGGAAACCUUGGAAGAACUGGAGGUAGUAAUCAGAAAGGAAACAAUCCUCGCGGAUAUAGAGGCAAAAAAGGAAAGGGAAAAGACAGAUGGAUAAAGAAAAAAGCAUUGCUGCAUAAAGGAGGCUCUAGAAGUGGAGAGAAGAAAUUGGGGAAGGACAAAAAACAAGGAUUGAAAGUUACAAAAGUCAAAAAGAAAUCUCAACAGGAAACUAAACUUCAGAAGGAGCAGAAAGUCUUUAAUGAUAAUUUAUUAAAUGAGAAACAGUUUUUAAAAGAUAAAGACAAUACUCUACAUGAAAAUGUAGAAGGUAGCAAAAUUAAGGACUCAAAUAGUCUAAAGGAAGUCUCAGAUAUUUCUUCAAAAGAAGUUGUUAGUAAGGUAGAUAUAAUGGAGUCUGUGCUUCAGAAUGGAGAUGAGAAAAAUAAGUUAUUAGAAGUAAUGUCCCGUCACUUCAACUCAGCUAGCAUUCCCGAGGGAUCUGUGCCUCUGGAUAUAAAGAAAAAUCCUCGGGUCUCCAGACUCACUCGAAAACGUAAGAGUGAAGUAUUGGAUGCUGUUGAGAAAACACCGGACAUACCAGUUAUCCAACAGACAUCAACCCUGUCCUCACCUAUGGCCACUGUACCUCUUUCUACUAGUUCUCUAAAGAAAGUAAGGAAGGAAUGUGUUGAGACUACUCCUUUGUCACGUACUACACCAAAUACCACACCAAAUGUUACUCCAAAUACUAUACCUAAUGCCACUCCAUCAUCAGGAAGAAAGAGAAGGAGUGUGCAGGAGAAAAAGUCAGGUUGUGAAAAGGAUUCUGGUGAAGAAGCUACGAGUGAAGCUGUAGAAAUAGAUUCUAAGACAGAAGAAUCAUCCAGUAAUGAGAAAGGGAUUCAGAGGUCACGAAGCACAAAAAGAGGUAAAGGAAAAGGCAAGUCUUUGGCAGAAGAUGGUGAGGGGAAUGAUUCAGGAACCGAAUCGCCCAUUACUCCCACCAAAGGCCGAGGCAGAGCUCGUUCAAGCUCAGAGGAAGAUUCACUAACCCUUGCAGAAUUAGCUGCAGCCUAUGGUUCCAGUCGGGGCCGUGGAAAAGGUAGAGGCAUUGCUGAGAAUGAGGUAUCCAUUUCUGUUGGGCGUGGGAAAGGAAAAGGAAAGGGUGCUAUUAAAGAUGAUUUUGGCACAGAUAUCAAGGGACGUGGAAAACAGAAAGUUGAGGGGGAGAAAAUGGAUGAUUCAUUAAGUGUUACUCCCUCUCCAGGUUCGGGUCGAAUUCGUGGGAAAGGAAAAAUUGCAAAUGAAGAGGGUGGUAAUUCUGCUCCUAGUAGCUCACCAAGCAUCAUUUUUGGAAAAAGAAGCAGAGGAAAGGUUGAGGUAGAUAAAGAAGGAACUUUAGAAAUUGAAGCAGCUGGUCGACAGAGGCGAAGUAUGACACCAAUAACAGGAGAUACAACACCACAGUCUGAACCAAAGCGAUCUCAACGUCUCUCAUUGUCUCGGGAUAGUAGUCAUGAUUCUUCUAUUCCUAAUAAAAAGGGAAAACAGAAGACAACUUCAGAAAUGUUGAAAAGGCAAGAAAAUGUAAUAAUAACUAAAACCUCCACAAUUAAAGGGAAAAAGGAUGAUGACUCACUCUUCACAAAGACAGGCAAGAAAAAGAAGAAGCAUUUCAAAGGACUGAGCUACUCAUUUAGCACAAAGAAAAAGAAAGGAAAGUGCAAGAUAGGCCAAGGAAAAUCAAGUUUUGACAAUUCUCAAGAGACAGACUCAGUAGUAUCUGAGGAAAUUGACAUAGAAUCAGUAGAUUCUUCAUCACAAGAUGUCCCUUCGGAGCAGCUUUCUUAUCAAGAACAAGAUGGAAUGGAUGAUGGUUUUUCAGAAGCUGCAGACAAUGAAGACAUUGAAAUGGACAAUUUGGAAACUCAAGAUGUAGAUGUAGAGGGUGAUGAUGAGAAUAUGGAAUAUUCAAAUCUUGGAGACUUAACAAAGCCUGUUAAAGACAAAACUAAUAUUGAUGAAACAGAUGCAGCAGACACCAUCCCUGCAAAAGAGGAGCUGAGUAACAGAGACAAAUUAAGUGGAGAAAAAAAUGAUACCAUUGAUGUAAGCGAAAGUGAAGCAGAUGCAACUGUACAAAAUGAGUAUCAUAAGCAUAUUAAUAAAAGUUCUGAUAGAUAUGAAGAUACAGAUGACAAGGCACUUGUAAAACAUACUCCAGUUGACAAAGCAACAGUGCUUGCAAUUUGUAAGAACUCUAACAAGCAGACAAGUGACACUGAAGAAGAUAUUGCUUCUAAAGAUGCAGCUUUGAGUAAACUUGCAACCAACAAAACAAUUUGUAAUACAUUCAGUGAAGAUGAUGCUAAUGUAGACUCAUUUGAAAGAGCUUCAGAUAGUAAAGCAUUGGCUUCAUCUGAAUUAUCAGGCAAAGUCUUAAAUAGCAAAACUGAAGUUGUAAAUGUGACUGUAGAAGCUUCACAGUCUGUCAGCUCUGUUCAUACAGAAUUAGCUGGAGAAACUAUACAAGAAAUUAAAGAUAAAGCAACAGAGAAAGAUCUUUUAUGCAGUUCCCAACUUUUUUCUUAUGUGCUUAGUGAUACUGCAAAUUCUAGCUUAGAAAUUGAAAAAUCAGUCACUUCCCAACUUUCUAGCAACAAAAAUGAUACUACUGAUUUAGGGUUAGAGCUAGAAAAGUCAGCAAUUUCAGAGUGUUCUAAUAUGCCUAGUGAUAAUGUUGAUCCUGGUUUAGAAUUAGUACAGUCGGCUACUAUUUUGCUUAAUGAAAUUUCUGAUUCACGUUCAGAAUUAGAACAAUUGGCCAUUUCCCAGGUUUCUUCUAAUGUGCUUAGUAAUACUGCUGAUUCAGUUUUAGAACUGGAAAAUUCAGCUACUCCUGGAACCGAGGAUGUGCUUCCUGAAGAAGGUGCUACAUUAGUAGUUGAAGAGAAGGGAUGUGAAAAAAAGUCUGCACAGCAAUCUUUCAGUGAUUACCAAUUAACAUCAGCAAAAAGUGUGAGUUCAGUAGAUGAUGAAGUAGAAAGUGCCACCAAUCCACCUAGUCAUAAUGUGACAUCUGAAAUGGGAGUUAAUUCAUCUCAAGAGGACAUAGGCAAAACUAAUCUUUUAAAACAUAACAAAGAACCAGUUUCCUCAAACGAUCAAAGCCUUCAUCACGUAGGGAAAAGGCGUUAUAGUGUUAGCAAGCGAAAAUUAGACGAAAUUGGGGUGGAGGGUCAUAAUUCAGACUCCAGCGAUUCUCUAGGUGAAGCCCGUCCAGCAGGAGAAGGCGUGAGGAAAAGCAAGAGGUUAAGUCGUAAUGGCUCUCCCCAUCCUCUUGCAGUUUCAGCUCCAAGAUCUCCUGAGGGGGCAGGGACUGGCCAAAACCAGCUUAAGCCCAUCGGUACACAGUCUGCUUAUGUUACCCCGGUAUCACCGGAAGAGCGCCAACGCUAUAUCCUGUCUCCACCACUGACCUUGACCCAGAGCUGUCACCAGCAGGGAAUUGUACAUUCUGCUACACCAAGCCUGACUAAUGUGCUGUGUAAGUGUCGUGUCAGAGAGAAUCCCACUGCUGUUGGGAUUACUGGGGACGUGUACUGCCAGGCAAUUGACUCUUUUGACGGACGCAUGAUUGGCUGUUGCAAUGUUGCUGCAACUCACAAAUACUUGCGAGUGAGUGGAAAAAUUCCCUUUAUGCUGCUCUGCGAGAUUCACAGACAGCGUUUGAGGCGACACAAUUGCUGCCCUUGCUGUGGCCUUUUCUGCACUCAGGGUGUGUUUUAUGAAUGCUCUUGGGACAAGUCUGGCCUGUAUCACUACUACCACAAGCUGUGUGGUCUGAUGUUGGCCGGGGCAACGCUCUGCCCACAUUGUGGCUCAGAAGGACCACCUAGGGAGGUGCAGUUGGAUCUGAAGCUCAACAGGAAACCUGUUGUCUACUUAAAGCAGCAUCAAGAAAGGAAGGAAGCAUCAGCCCGUAUGACCUGGUCAAAGAGAAUAUCUCCUGAGACAGUGGUUCCUACAGAAUCUAUGCCAGAAAAUGAACCAACUCUUGAACUUUGUAAUGGACGAAUGAUCUCUUCGCACAGAUUUCCUCUUGAGCUUGGACGAGAAAAGCUUCAGGAGGCCAUCAAGUCUAUUCAUGGUGGCAAAAAUAUUAGUGCCAAGCCUUCACCUAAAGGAAUGUAUUCAUCAUGCAAACAGAAUGAUUUAGAAAAAUUGUUGCAUGUUUUAGUGCACGGUGUGAAUCCCAAUGUUAAAGUAAAGGAAUAUGGAAAUCAAACAGGAAUGCACGUUGCAGCAGCCUAUGGUAGUCUUGAGGCAAUGCAUGUGCUAGUCCUUGCAGGUGCUACUGUAGAUAUGACUGAUACUCAGCUUAUGACUCCACUGAUGAUCGCCAUCACCAAAGACCAGAACAGUGUGGUGCAUUAUUUAAUACAAGCAGGAGCAUCACUAAUGGCCAAGACUCAAGAUGGGAUGACAUGCCUUCAUCUGGCAGCAAAAUGUGGAAACUUGAUAGCUUGUCAACAUAUUUUGGACUCUGGAAGAUUAACAAGACAUGCUGUCAAUAUGCAGGAUGAGGGCGGCUGGACCCCACUUGUGUGGGCCUCAGAAAAUAGAUUUAUCAGUGUUGUCAAGUUUUUGCUUGAUCGUGGAGGAAACCCACAACUUUGUGAUGUAGAACAGAACACGGCUCUACAUUGGGCUGCCUUUUCUGGCUCCACCCACAUCUGUUCAAUGGUUUUAGAUCGAGGUUGUUCACUUCGUUCCAUGAAUGCUCAUGGAGAUACACCUUUGCACAUUGCCGCUAGGCAAAACCAUAUAGACGCAGUGGUACUCCUUCUGGCACGAGGUGCCCGACUCGAUGUCUUGAACACCAAAGGCCAGACUCCUAUAGACUGUGCCUUGCCUGACUCGGAUGUGUACUUACAACUUAGCUUAAAUAACAAUCUGAUUGAAAUGAUGCAUCAAAACAACAUACGUACUGAAAAGAUCUUAAGCAGUGAUAUAGCUGCAGGAAAGGAAGAAGUUCCAAUUCCCUGUGUCAAUGGAAUAGAUGAUGAGAAUCUACCCAAAGAUUACUUGUACAUUGCUGAGAACUGUGAGGCAUCCAAUGUUAUCAUAGAUCGUACAAUUACAUCACUAAAGUGGUGUGAGUGUGAGGAUGUAUGUAAUGCUGAUCAUUGUGGUUGUGGUCAACUCAACUUCCAGUGCUGGUAUGAUCCUGAUGGUCGCCUCUUACCAGAGUUCAAUUAUGCAGAUCCUCCAAUGAUUUUUGAAUGCAAUCGAGCCUGCCGCUGCAACAAACUGUCAUGUAACAAUCGUGUGGUGCAGCAUGGUAUAUCUGCUCAUAUGCAGUUGUUCAAAACAGCAGAGAAAGGCUGGGGUGUGCGUGCUUUGAAGACUAUUCAAAAGGUGAGACAAUGAUAAAGCUGACAAAAUAUGCAUGUUGAUGACGUAUUCUAACAAAAACAAUUUCUUGACUGCAACUCAGUCCAUUUGAGUUGGAUGUGCUUAAAUGCAAAGGGAGACUACACUGUAUUGAGUUCAAUCAAAUCUACUUCAUAUGAAACGAAGGAAGUGAAGAUAGCAAUUGUAUAAUUGAAGAAAUGGGUAAUUCAAAUUAUGAUUAUUUUUUUUUUUAUUUAUUUUUUACGUAUUGUGCACUGCAACAGGAAAGAAA